CACCGCUGAGCCAAAAGUGUAUUUCUUAAUAGCACAAUCGCUAUUACAGUCUAUCUGAUCAUGAGUGGUAUUACCACUCACAAUACCUAACCUGACCAUUGGAAAGGUUCAGUCGAUCUAUUGAAUAAACCUCAUCCUACCACUGCUCAGGGCUUUAUUUAUAAACUAUCUAACCACCGUAGGUCUUUUAAGCUCCCCUUAAGAUGUCACCGGCCCCGAACACCUCGUACAAAAGCCGGUCCCAAGGGUGGCUAUGGUAUUCAAGCCAUGAAACCCGGCCGGAUAAUUGCCCGCCUUUUGACAUGAAGGACAAGACUACGGUGAUCAUCCCGAACGGGGAACUGUUCUGUCGCUGUAACAUGAACCGCAACACCGACAAGCCCGUCGACUUGUGCUUCCGUACAGACAAGCAGUCUCACUGGCCCAACUUGAAGCGUCAUGUCGAGUCCCAUCGUGUUCAGGUGGGGGAUGAGGAUGUCCCCGUCACACUAACGAAGAACAGGACAGGCGGGUUGACGAUGACAGACCAUCGCAGACUACCUACAUGUACAUACCUAAAGCAGUGGGUACCUACCUCCUAAGGUUAGGUACCUACCUAGGUAACCUUACCGUGGUACUGUGGAGUAGUAAUAGUAGUAGUAGGUAGUAGUAGGUAGUAGUACCUAGUAUAUCUAUCGUCUAUUGCCCUACAUCUUUAAGG